AUGCUCGACGCCACGGAUCCCAUCAUGGGCAACUUUAGCUCGUGGUGCUGGAAUCAUCCUUUAGGACCGUUGGACUGGAAUCCAUGCUUUCGGAUUGGCGUACUAAACACAUUUAUCCCUCUAGCGCUGAUUGCUGUCAGUGUGGCGAUUUGGCUUGCUUCGAGCACGCAGGAUAUGAGUCGUGUGCAAGCUGAAGCAGCUGAAGAGGUCGCGCACUUGAGCUUAGAGUCAUCCAAUUUUUAUGGUGCUACAAUGGAUUCUCGAAGGAGCCAUCGUUCCCCCGCACCAGCCACCGCUUCCGAGAAGGUGGUGCAGACAGAAAAUGCUGUCGUAAUUGAUGAAGCUCUGACAAUCAAAGACGAACUAUACACAUACACCCAAGCUGAAGUCAAUGAAGUAAAGAGCCGCCAGAAGUCUCUCUGUGAAUUGGUUGGUUCAGGUUUGCUAGUUGUCUCAUACCUUGUGGGUAUUAGCACGACAUCCGCGGACUGGGAACCUUACUGGCUGGCUCUAUGGACAUACUUUUUUGUGAUUUCUCUCGUUUCGUUUUACCAGCACAGGUCCUUCUUCCUGCAGAAACUCUUGGUUACGACCGUGGCAUCUCUCGUAACACUGUGCAAUUUACGUACCUCGAUUCUCAUCUCUGGUGCCAAAGGCCUCACGCCCAUGACGGCGAUUCAGGCGGCACUCGCGAUUUUCUUGCUUGGAUGUAAUUGGCUAUCUUCAUUCACACAACCUCUUUCAUCUGAGAUGGAUGCAUUGUAUGAAACAAUGCAUAAACGCAAGCUAUAUACAGAUGUUCGAACAGCUAUGCCAACGCCACCCCUGGCUGCACAACACAAUGCGGAGGAUAUUGAGCGUAUUACACCGUCUUACUCAAAAGGAAAUGAAACGCUCUAUCCUCCACCAGAGCAGCACGCAUCGCUUUUGAGUCGUGCUCUGUUUAUGUUUGCGUUCCCAACCAUAUGGAAACAUUACUUUAAGCCAAUUACACUACCUGAUGUUCCUCAGCUAAUGCCUAUCGACCGAUCGGCCUCAGUCAUUUCCAUGUUCCGAAUACAUAAUGGUCCUGAAACGAAGCGCUCACUCUGGGCUCGCUUGAUGCGUCACUUUGCGCCACGGUACGCUUAUCAAGGUUUGUUCGCAUUCUUCGCUACCUUACUCUCGAUUGCACCUAUUGUGUUUCUUUCACAUUUGCUUGACUUCUUUACAAUCCGUACAUCCAAAGGGACGGAAGGAGCUCCUUGGCACAUGGGUGUACUCUACGCCUCUGGUAUGUUUUUCAGUCAAGUGCUUCUCUCCAUAUGUCAAUCUCAGGCGUUAAUGACAGGGCGUCAUAUAUGUGUUCAGAUUCGCGCAGCGCUUACCUUUGAAGUCUUAAGCAAAAUGAUCCGUCGCGGUAUGAGCAUAAAAAAACCUGACGAACUGUCUGAACCGACCAAAAGAGAUGAGUCAGAAGACGACUCAGCUCCUACCACAGAUGGUGCUGUUAUGAAUCUCGUGUCUGUCGACGUCAAUAAACUGAGCGAAAUGGCGGCUUAUAUGCAUUUUAUUUUCCCCCAGCAGCCCCUCACGCUUAUUUUGGGUAUGAUUUACAUUGUCUUGUUGCUUGGGUGGUCGGCAGUGGUGGGCCUUUUUCUUCUAGUGGUGGCUGUACCUAUUCAGGCUUAUAUUUCACGGCUUCUUGUAUCUAUCGGUCAUCGUAUGUUGCGUGCAACAGAUGAACGGCUAAAUUUGGCAAGUGAAGUACUUGCUUGUAUCAAAACAGUCAAAUUUUUUGCAUGGGAAGCAUCUUUUGAGAAGCGUAUGAAUGAUACACGCUCGAAAGAACUCGCUCUUCUUCGUUUGCAGUAUGUCUUUCUGAUGCUGAACAACGUAACGUUUAUUGCUACACCUAUGCUGGUAACCAUGGCCACUUUUGGUGUGCAUACACUCCUUUUUAAGCAGCCGCUGACCGCACAAAAAGCGUUUACUGCUCUUGCUUUGUUCAAUACAUUACGAGGACCUCUCUCUGAAUUUCCGGUGAUGAUCCAGUGGAUGCUUUCAAGUCUUGUAUCUGCUCGCCGCAUCAACAACUUUUUAAAUGAGCCUGAGACAAAUAAGUAUGAGCAACUGCUCAGUGACGAAACAUUCGAUCCCAUGCCUAAUCUUAGAAACUGUCCUAACUCGAUUGGAUUUUCACAUGCAUACUUCACCUACGACACUGAGCCUGAAAAGACAAAGGUGGAAAAUCGGUUUGUGCUAAAAGAUCUUUCUUGUCAAUUUCCUGUUGGUAAGAUUAGUAUCAUUUUGGGGCCAGUGGGUUCGGGAAAAUCCUCUGUAUUGCUUGCGUUACUUGGUGAGAUGCAGCGAAUCAAGGGUACUACUAGCAUUCCUUGCCCCCUGGCAAGGUCUCUGCUUGAGCCAGACCCACUGACUAGUUUAACUGAGUCUACGGCGUAUUGCGCUCAAAGUCCAUGGCUUCUCGGUACAACUAUCAAGCAAAACAUUUUGUUUGGUACCGAGUACAAUGAAGAAAGGUAUAAUGAAGUACUCCGUGCAUGUGCGCUGGAGCCUGACCUGGAUAUUUUGGAAUAUCACGACGAAACGGAAGUCGGGGAAAAGGGUACGGCCUUAUCUGGUGGACAAAAGGCACGAAUUUCUUUGGCUCGAGCCUUCUACUCUCAUGCGAGACACAUUCUGAUUGACGAUGCACUUAGUGCUGUGGAUGCCCAUACAAGUGCUUGGCUUUGUGAGCAAUGUUUCCAGGGUCCAUUGGCUAAAGGGCGGACAAUCAUUCUUGUGACACAUGCUGUGACAUUAAUGUUGCCGACAGCUUCUUAUGCCGUUGUGAUGAAUAAUGGUGAAGUGUCUGCGCAAGGUGCGCCUUUGGAGCUUAAGGAACGCGGUCAAAUUCUGGAACCUGUGGAAGUGAAAGGAAAUGGCAAGAAGAUAUUGCAGGCUCCGUUAGAUGAGAAUAAAGAAAAAGAACGGAAGAAGAAGAUUGAACAUCAGCGCGCUAAUAAGGCAACAGCUGAUAAAAAUGAGGAGAAAAUUGGUCGCGAGCAGUCAAGCUUGAAUGUAUAUUGGUUGUAUAUGAAAUCUGUCGCUCCUUCUCCGCACAUCGCCAUUCUUGCUUGGAUCUUAUUGUCGAUCAUGUACGUAAGCAUUCGGGCUAUCGAUGUGGGUAGUGGUGCAUGGCUACGUGACUGGGCAAGCUCUUACGAUAAUGCGGUACAAACUACGUAUCAACUUAUGCGAUCGUGGAGUACAUUAGCCUGGAGAGCACCCGCAGAGACUCUACCGGCGGACCAGACAUGGUACUAUCUCAAAGGAUACACGUAUAUUGUGCUAGUCUAUAUCCUGGUCAAUUUGUUGGCAAAUGCAUUGCAAUUCGAUACGUCAAUUCGAGCUUCAAGGCGCCUGUACAAUGCUAUGAGCAAAGCGCUACUGCAUGCUAAACCCCUCUUUUUCGACAAAACUCCUUUUGGGCGUAUUAUGAAUCGACUUUCUCGUGAUAUGGAAGAUGUGGACCAAGAACUCUCACCUAUAUUGCAAAUGACCGUUGAGAAUUUAAUCUCACUCGUGGCUAUUAUUUCAGUUAUUUGCUGGGCGACACCGCGCUUCUUGUUUGUUGUUGUGUUUGUGAUGGCUCUUUAUUACAUGAUUGGCACUCUAUACCUUGCAUCAUCGCGAGACUUGAAGCGCAUUGAGAGCAUUCAGCGGUCACCUUUGUAUACCGUGGUUGGUGAAACCAUCGCUGGAACCGUCACAAUUCGCGCGUACGGCGAUAGUGAGCGCAUAUUGCGACAGAGUCUUGUGCUUAUUGAUAAAUGGAAUCGUGCAUUCCUGUUAUUAUGGUAUGAGAACCGAUGGUUAAGCAUAUGCUGUGACUUGUCCGGCGCCGGAGUCACUCUUAUCGCAGCUCUAUUUCUACUCAAUAAUGGCGCAGACGCAGCACUCGCUGGUUUCACCCUUUCUUAUGCCAUCACACUGGUGGAAGUGGUUCUAUGGCUGGUACGAUUGUACACCAAUGUGGAGAUUCAUAUGAAUUCUGUGGAGCGAAUUGGAGAAUACAUCAACGUCGAGUCAGAGGAUCAAGGCGGAGAAGAACCACCAGCGCACUGGCCAUCGAGCACGGGCAUGAUCCAUGUCCGGGACCUAUCGGUUCGCUACGGUCCCGAGCACCCUCUGGCCCUUUCUCGUGUGACUUUUGAUAUCCAGCCUGGCCACAAGAUCGGCAUUGUGGGUCGCACUGGCAGUGGCAAAUCAACUCUGUCUCUCGCCUUUUUCCGCUUCCUUGAAGCUGAGAAUGGCUCGAUAACGAUCGAUGGCAUUGACAUUUCUCACAUCACCCUCGAGUCUCUGCGCCGUCGUCUCACUAUUAUCCCGCAAGAUUCACAGCUUUUCCGUGGCACCAUCCGCUCAAACCUUGAUCCGUUUGGUGUGUGUGACGAUGGAGACAUGUGGUUUGCCUUGCAGCGUUGCCAACUCGCUGCGACCGGGUCUAGUCCUCGCGUACCUGGCGCAGGAAGCGUCGUCAAGUCAUUGGACGACCCUGUCGAGCAGGGUGGAUCCAACUUCAGUGCUGGACAGCGACAGCUGCUGUCGCUGGCACGUGGCAUGCUCAAGAUGCGGGAGAGUCGGAUCUUGAUAUUGGACGAGAGCACAGCGAAUCUUGAUGCUGAAUCAGAUGCUCUAAUCCAGCGGACAAUCCGUGAGCAGAUGGCGCCUGGCGCAACCAUCCUGACCGUGGCUCAUCGCCUCAAGACGAUCAUUGAUUACGACAAGGUCCUUGUGCUCGGAAAGGGCCGUGUGUUGGAAUACGACUCACCUCAUGCUCUUCUUUCCAGUAAUGACAGUGUAUUUUACGAACUUUGUGAGCAAAGCGGCGAACUUGAACUACUAAAGUCCAUGGCUGCUGAUCACGCGAGGCUGUCGUCUCACGCUUGA